UAUGAUUUAGAAUCAUUCCGUGGAUGCGAACGCUGAGAGUAACCCGUCGCCAGUUUUCCUCUCGAGGUUCGUUUAGCGCUAGAAACGGCGAUUUAUGCGGAAAGUUACCUAAAUUCUUGCACGAUAAUGAUAAACCGUUCUUUCUAGCAAACCUCACCGCGGCUUAAGAAAUAUGUACUUCUGUUGAAUUGCAACCCUGCUUUCUCUCCGAUCGUUGCUAUAACAACCAGUGUUUCUUCCGUUUGGAAACUGGAUUCUUAUUUGAAGCGCUUCUUUUUCGCUUGCUUUUAGCGGACUGAUUAUUUUACAUAGAUUUUAAUUUUUACAGUUUCGCUUCGUUUUUAAUCAAUAAUGGGAUACAUUCUUUAUAAAACACCUUUGCAUGAUGCAGUCUGUAUUUUAAUGGAAACUCCAUUUAAGGAUUGGAGUGAAAAAGAUCAGAUAGAUUUGAUCAGUUAUGGUAGACCUAAACCUCAGAUAGCCAUUAAUAAGAAAAGAAGCAAAGAAGAAAAACCAAGCGGGCGUUUUUAUAUAUUUAAAAUUCAGUGGUAUGAGCGAUACAAGUGGCUGUGUGGUAGUGUUUAUUUGCAAACUUUAAACUGUUGGCCUUGUCUUUUGUUUGGCUCGGAAUCGGAACAAUGGGUGUGCGAAAAAUUCGAAAGGGAAGAAGAUAUUGCGUACAUGGAAAGACAUGAGAAAAAUUUUGUGCAUUGUCGUAAUGUCACGGCUCUUUCGGAUUUUGAAUCGUGCUAUAGGAAAUCGAAACAUCCAUCGGAGUUAAACGACAAUAGACUCCUAACUAGACAUCUUAGCAACAACGAAACUAUUCGAUCCAAUCGCCAAUGUGUGACUUUUGCCGUAGACGCCAUUUUGGCUAUGAUAAAGAAGCAGUUCCCGUUUUCGGAAGUCGAUUCUGAUCAAAAUGCAUCGCAUGCUGAAUUCACGGCGAUAAUUUUAAAUAGUACCAAAGACGAAGAGUUGAAAUGCUACUUCAGGAAAAUGCGAGGCAUUCCAAAUCCGCUAUUGUCUUUCCCAAUGCAAGUUGGCAUCGUUGAAAGCAUAUCGGAAUGCGUGGAAGAUUACAUUCUUACCAUUGUAAAAGCAGCUAAGUUCUUCAGCAUUCGAAUCGAUGAUGGCCUUAACGAUUUCAACGAAUGCUCGAUUUUUCUGCGAUGCAUUAAUUCGAAUCAUCUGAUGAAAGAAUAUUUCUUGGGCUAUUACAGUCUCGGUUCUGAUAAAACAUCACUUUCGCUAUUUAGGAUUAUAGAUACAGUUCUGGAAAAGUACCAGUACAAAACCAAACUAGUUGGAAUUUGUUUUGAUAUUACUUGUGUGAAGUUCAAUUAUUUGAAAGAUCUUCGCGUGGGACUCAAAUUCAUGGCUCAGCAAGCUAUCCAUGUGAAUAUGUUCGGGCACAGCAUCGACUAUAUGUUAGAACGUUGUUUAUGCAGCAUUCCAACCUGUCGAAUAUUUUUUUCUCAUAUCGCUUCUUUGCUAAGUCUCGUAAGCAGCUUGAACAAAAGGGGACUCUUUGGCGAUGUUCACGUUUGGCGAGAUGUGUGCAUGUAUGAAGGUAUUUGCUCCUCAAAGGUGAAGCUUUUGACCGCUAUGAUAGAAAAGGAAAAUUGGUCUCAGCUGAAGAAAGUCUUGGAAGACGUACAGCAAGAUGAUAGCACUACCAACGAGACACUUUGCGUGGCUUCGAAUAUGCUGGAUAAGUUGAGAGAUUUUGAGUUCAUAUUUCUGUGCGUUAUUUUCAACCACAUCUUCGAAAUAACUGACAUUCUUUAUAAGUUCUUGCUCAUCAACGUCAUGGAUGCUAAAGUAUCCCACGAGAAGGUUAAAGAGACGUGCGUCACCCUGUACAAGCAGCGAAACGAAUCAUUCUUCAACUAUUUACACAGCACUUCAUCACGCAUUCUGACACAGAUCUCGUCGUCUGAAUCCAACAUCAACCGGGGCCUUCGCAAAAACUUCAAGCCUCUUUACUACGAGAUUCUGGACAACACCAUCAUGGAAUUACACACUCGUUUUGAGAACAUCGAACAGUACGAGUUCCUGUCCUUAGGAAAUUCUACCAAUUUCGAACAGUUAUCAGCUCCUAAGGCCAAUGUCAAAAGUCUCGGUAGCGCUGGAGAUAACUUACUCAGCCACUUUCCAACCUUAUUCCCCAGUAAGGCUCAACUAUUUGCGCAAUGGUGGAGUAUCAUUGUGAAUAAACGAUACUGGAAGAUGCCGCUUUGGAGAAUUGUCCAGUACAUGGAAAAGGACACUGCGAAUUUCGGCGAAGUGUACAAACUGUUCUGUCUUAUUCUCCUGUUAACGACGCAUCCGAACAAGGAAUCGCCCAUGCCGUGCCUGCACAAAAUCAAAGGUUAUUUGGAUGCAAACGUUGCUGUUGAGAUGAAACCAGCGAUGGCUAAGAUUCUGUUGAAUCAGGAGAUUCUCACCGUUUUGAAUUGUUGGUAUUCUUUUAAAGACGAUGUCAUGAACAAGCUUUCUGUGAAGUGUGAUACUUUAAAGCUGUCCCACAUGGUCAAGGGCUUACCCAAGGAUUCUAAAUCUAGUGAUUCUCCAGAUUCACCGACUCAUAUUUUACCAACAAUAAACCAGAACUUAUUGGCAAUAUCCCAGGAACCCAGAAUGAUUGUAGUUGAUCCAGAAUCCGACAUGGUAGUUGAAAUAGACCCCAGAGCCUUUGUCGUUCCAGACAUGCCAAAAACAACACUCUCCGAACCUGGUCCAUCUACUCGCGUUGAACCAGACUCUUCUAUGGCUGAGGACAUACCUCUAGCCAUGACCUGCGAACAAUUUCCAGUCAUUGAAUCAGUUUCACAAAGUGUGGAUAUCAAAAUCAAGCAGGAGCCUGAUGACCCGUCAGAUAUUCUUUCAGCCAAUGUUGAGAGAGAAUUAGGUAAAUUUUCUCAAGGGCCACCCACAAUUAGCAGUGAAGAUUCAUUGUUUCAGCCACCAGUACUGAUUAAAGAGGAAAUAGUGUCCGAAGAUGAACAGUGAUUGUUUUUAUGUGAACUUACUGCCAUUGUAAAUUUGCCAUGAACUUUUAUUCAUUUAUUAAAAUUACACUAAUUUAAAAUACAAGUUUGCAGGUAGGAUACUCAAAAAAUUUUAUCCAUUGAAAAAAUUUUUCUCAAAUUUACUACCAUUGUUAAUUUGUCAUUAACCUUCGAUUAUUCAUUUACUAAAGUUUCACUGAUUCAAAAUGCAAGGUUGCAGAUGUGAUACGCAAAAAUUUUUUAUUCUGGAAAACACUUUCUUCAAAUUUACUACCAUUGUAAAUUUGUCACAAUCUUUUGAUUAUUCAUUAACUAAGGUUUCACUGAUUCAGAAUGCAAGGUUGCAGAUGGGAUGCGCAAAAUGUUUUAUACACUGAAAAAUUUUCCUCAAAUUUACCAAUGCAAAUUUGUCAUUAACCU